CUCAUCUUCUUCUUCUCAAGCACAAACCUUUGUUUCCUCUGAAGCUUCUUUGUUUUUCUUCUUAGCGUCACUCAUAGUAUCUUUCUCUUUUGCAGGGACAAUCCAAGGAUUCAAUCUCAACAGAUUAUACUAGAUGACGGAAAAAAACAUGGAAGAUGCUAAGUUGGUUUGUUUCCGAUCUGUAGUAUUGUUGCAAGAUUGGAUAACAUGCAAAGCACUGGCUUUGGAAGAAAAAAGCUGGACAAUGGACCAGACAGCAGAACAGAAAUAUCUUGCUCUCAUUAGCCACCUUACCAGAUCUUGCAUUACAUCUGAUAUCUUAAAGAGUGUGACAACCCUUAUUUUCGACAAAGCCAUCCUUGAGCCGACCUUUUGCCCGAUGUACGCUCAAUUAUGCUGCGAUAUCUGUGACAAAAUGCCGACUUUUCCAUCUAGUAAAAUCACAUUCAAGAGGGUUUUGCUAAAUACAAUUCAAAAUGUGUUUGAGGGAACUGAUGAGUUAAGUAAUGAGAUUAGAAAGAUGAACGCGCCAGAUCAGGAGGAAGAACGGAGAGACACGGAAAGGUUGUCGAAACUCCGAACUCUAGGAAAUCUUCGUUUGUGUGGUGAGCUAUUUUUAAAGCGGAAGAUUCGAGGAAAGAUUGUUCACCACAUUGUUCAGAAACUUCUGGGGGAUGAUGAGAAAAUGUGUCCAUCAGAGGAAAACCUUGAAGCUGUCUGUCUCUUUCUCAAGACUGUCGGCAAAAAGCUUGAUGGUUCGGAAUCUGUCGAAUCAUCCUUAAGCUUGACGAGCUCAAAACUGGUUAACGAUGUGUAUUUCAGACGUUUAGAGAGUCUCUCACCUCGUCCUCAAAUGAGUAUGCGUAUAAAAUUUAUGAUUCGGAAUAUCAUUGAUCUGCGCUCCAACCAUUGGAUCCCAGCGGGAAAGAGUCCUACUUCUACCCUUUAAAACAACAGAGCAAAGACGAAUCUUUCUUGACUGGCGAGACCUGCUAGAGCGAGAUAUUUGGAUAUAUCUUUCAUCAUUAUCUUUUACAUCUAUUUUUAAUUAUUAUAGAUAAUUAUAAGAUUAUUUUAAAGUUUAUCAAGUUUUCAUGUUUUCAUAUAAAUAGGCUUCUUACAUCUUUUGUAUUGGACAGUUAUUAUUGAUAUUGAUUUGAUUAAUAAGGUUGAGAAGUUUCUCUUU